UUCGCCUGAGAGAUUGCAUUGCUGGAAAUGAGAGUUGGAGGAGGACUGGGACCGGGGAUUGGAAUUCAGAGCUGGCGACAUUGAUUGAUUAGGUUUGCGGAAAUGGCGUGAGCUUUGGAGUAAAUGCGAGUGUGUCUGUGUUUGGGAGAGUAGAUUGAAGUAGCGAGCGCAUUGGUGUGAUUGAUUUUAUUGGUUUGGGAGUGAGAGAGGGAGGGAGGGAGGGUGGGAGGGAUGGAGUCGAGGAUGGAUCAGUACGAGCUGAUGGAGCAGAUCGGGCGGGGAGCUUUCGGGGCUGCGAUUUUGGUGCAUCACAAGGCCGAGAGGAAGAAGUAUGUGUUGAAGAAGAUCCGGCUUGCCAGGCAGACGGAGCGGUGCCGGAGAUCGGCUCAUCAAGAGAUGGCUCUUAUUGCCCGGAUUCAGCACCCGUAUAUUGUCGAAUUCAAGGAAGCUUGGGUUGAGAAGGGUUGCUACGUUUGCAUUGUCACUGGAUACUGUGAGGGUGGAGAUAUGGCUGAGUUGAUGAAGAAAGCCAAUGGGGUUUAUUUUCCGGAGGAGAAACUAUGCAGGUGGUUCACGCAGCUACUAUUGGCAGUUGAAUACCUGCAUUCAAACUAUGUUCUACAUCGUGACCUAAAAUGUUCCAAUAUAUUUCUGACGAAGGAUCAUGAUAUUCGUCUUGGGGAUUUUGGUCUUGCUAAAACUUUGAAGGCGGAUGACUUAGCUUCUUCGGUUGUGGGAACCCCCAAUUACAUGUGUCCUGAAUUGCUUGCCGAUAUUCCAUAUGGCUUCAAAUCUGAUAUCUGGUCUCUGGGCUGCUGCAUAUAUGAGAUGGCUGCUUAUCGACCUGCUUUCAAAGCUUUUGAUAUGGCAGGUUUAAUAAGCAAGAUCAAUCGUUCCUCUAUAGGUCCCUUGCCUCCCUGCUAUUCUCCAUCCUUGAAAACACUAAUAAAAGGCAUGCUGAGGAAAAACCCUGAGCAUCGGCCUAGUGCAACCGAGGUUUUGAAGCACCCUUAUUUGCAGCCUUAUGUUGAACAGUAUCGUCCGUCCUUCAUUACUCGAACAGCCUUUUCCCCAGAUAAGCCUAUCUAUGCAGCCCGUGAAUCUCGAAGACACUUGGCAGAAAGCCAAAGCAGUAAUGGUUCGAGCAGUGAUAAAGAUAGUUUACGUUCAAUUGAGAAACAUUUUCCAGAAAUGGAGUCGCACUGUGAUAAUAGAACCAGCAAGUCAUACUCGAUUUCCUUUGAUGACGAAGAGGGCCCUGAGCAUGGCAUGAAUGUUUGCACUGUCAGAAUGGAAGAACAAGAGUCGACUAGACCUUCAAAUCCUGAACCGAAAUCUAAUGUUGAAUUUCGGCAACCAAAAACCAUUAGGAAUAUAAUGAUUGCCUUGAAAGAAGGAAAAGUCAGGGAAAGUUCACCAAUGAGAAGUAAUUGUGUAAAGGUUGGUACCCCCACCCCAAAAACUAAUGCGGAAGCAGUGUCGAGAAUACCCAGGCUGACAGCUUUCCCUUCUGGUACCAAGGCUAGUCCUGAUACACCAACUGUUUUGCAAUCAAAGGCAGUCCCUGAUUCCGCAAAACGGGCACAUGGAUCCCAUCCUUUGAAGUAUCAGAUGCCUGUAAUUGAAUCUUCUCCAAAACCUAAACCCAGAAACGAUGGUACUCCUCCCCCUGUUCCUGUGAAACAAUUUAUUGAAGAUGGACUUCCUAAGUCUAGGCAAAGAACCCCCCCUACAAUGAUUAGACGCUCUUCCUUUCCUCCACGGAUGAAGAAAGUAGGGGCUGAUGCUCCAAAUGCAGUGAGCACUGCUCCUAGGGUAGGUCCAAGAGAGAUCUCUCAGGAACCUGAAAAGAAUCCUCUUCAAGUGCCCAAUGUUUGCCAAAGAAACAUAUCUAAAGAGGUAAUGGAAGAACCACGAAGAGAUCAAGAAAAAGGUUCAAAAGUAUUGCCAACUGACAGCAGCAAUUCUAUAUCCUCAUCUGUGUCUAUUCAAGCUUUUGAGAUUUGUGAUGAUGCAACGACCUCUUUUGUUGACAUGACAGAGCAGAUGACUCCUGAUAUUGGCACUGUCAUCCGACCUGAGAGUACCGAAUCUCCAUCAAGCAGCUGCACUGCUGCUCAUUGUCAUCCAGUGGUGUCAGAAACUUUGGAGACCCCUGGAAAUGAUAUUAAAUCCGAAUGCUUAGCUGAAACAUCCGAGGCUAAUUUAGUUCUUCACCAUAAAGCAGCUGAUGAUAAAAAAAUCAGUUCAGCUGUCACUCUUGAUGCCCCAGCCGCAGUUUCUGAAGAAAGACUUAUUUGCAGAGAUCAUACCCCUUUAAGCAGGCCAUGUAGUACCCCUGAAACAGUGGUCCAAUCAAAACCUACAUCUACAUCUAGUGGUCAUGACAAGUUCAUGGUGAGGGAACUUCUAUCCCCAGCAACAGACACUGCCCUAUCCACUGCUCCUCCCAACCAGAAAGGUUUCCAUGCAGAGAAAGGCACUAUUUUGCAAAAUCCAAUUGAAAUGCCAGCUGCGGCACAUCUUCCUCCCGCUUUUGAUGAUGUUAUACAUGUCAUACGCCAUAGUAGUUUCCGUGUUGGGAGUGAUCAGCCUGUAAUAGAAUCUGUGGAGAUGGGGGUUCAAAAUAUGGAUGUUGGUAAGCUGAUAAAUGUUGUAAGGGAUGAAAUGGAGAUACGAAAUGCAAGUUCCCCUAUGGCUCUUAAGUCAUCAACUUGCUCAGAAACUGUAAGCCCAAGAUCAAUUAAUUCUGAAAACAUUGGUGCCAAAGAAUCGGAGAUGGCAAAUCCUGUUCCUUCAGCUCAGCACAAAUGUGACCCUGCUGAACAAACAAAGCCCAAUCCUCCUGUUACUGAAGAUGAAGCACCAGAAAAGGACAUCAUGGAUGUCAAGUCUUUUAGACAGCGGGCCGAGGCUCUUGAAGAACUGCUAGAAUUAUCAGCAGAUUUGCUGCAGAGUAAUAGAUUAGAAGAGCUCGCAGUUGUUUUGAAUCCCUUUGGGAAAGAUAAAGUCUCUCCAAGAGAGACCGCUAUCUGGUUAGCAAAGAGUCUUAAAGGUAUGAGGACUGAGGAGGGCGGACGGAGUUCAAUCAGUUAAUGAAGCGUCAGAUCUAUAGUAAGCUUUCGCUUCUUAAUAUUACUAGACAUUGCAUUUCCAGUCUCAGUUUUUGCCACAGCUUUUAACAAUUCAAACCCCGUUUGAAUUUUCAAAGAGAGCAGCCCGGUGUUGAGUUUCUUCUAAUUCAUUUUGUGAUUCUUUGAAUGCCUUUCUCGCAAUGCAUUCGGUUGUUGUACAUAGUGACAGUACGCAAUACGUAUUAUAACAUUGUCUUCUGGCCAAAUGUAUGAUAUACUGUAGCUUGCAGUCAA